AUGUGGUGGCUGCUGAGCCAGUUCGGCGCAUGCCCAUGCCUCAGCAGAGGUAAGGAAGCCCCCUCGCUGCCAGAAGAAGGCAGCGGUGGUGGCACGGACUUCGGCUGGGCCGUGGCUAAAAACGAGCGCCGCCGCAUGGAGGACGCCGUCGACAUCAAGGACGAUGUUGCGGGCUUUAGAGUCUUCACCGUCUACGACGGUCAUGCAGGCGAUGAAGCAGUUACGGUCGUCAAGAAAAUCCUGCCCGGCAUCCUCAAAACCCAUCUUGAGGAAGAGGAUGAUGUAGCAAAGGCUAUCUGCUUGGCCUUCAGGAAGAUCGACGAAGAGCUCACGCAGACGCUCUUGGCCGCAGCUGACACGCCCAUGAAGGUGAAGACUUCGUCCGGCACAGUCGCAUGCAUGGCACUGCUCAAGGGCAAAGACCUAUGGGUGUGCAACCUCGGCGAUUGCCGCGCCGUUCUCUGCACGGGUGGCACCAAGGCGCAUGCAGUCUCCAAAGACCAUGCCCCAGACAAGAAUGCAGCUGAAGCCGAACGGCUUCGGAUGCUUGGAGUCCAGGUGAAAGGCGGCUACGUUGGAGAUCACGUAGCCGUCUCCCGUGCGUUGGGGAAUGUCGAGUAUGACAGCGGCCAGAAGGUCGAGGGCAUCAUUUGUGAGCCUGAAGUCUUCAAGAUUGCGGUGGACGACGAGGUCGACUUUCUCAUCCUGGCGUCCGAUGGCAUCUGGGAUCCGCUCAAGGACCAAUUCGCUGUCACGCACGCAAGAAAAGCUCUACGAACCACUGAGCAGCCAGAAGAUGCUGCGAGAGCGGUCCUUGAAAAUGCGGCCAAGGUCAGUGCAGCUGACAAUGCUGCCGCCAUUGUUGUGGUUUUUAAGUUUCCAGAGCCCUUGCCGAAGCGCAUUACGAGGCCACGUGCAACUCUUGCAGGCUUGGACGGGCCUCCGCCGUAG